UUCACCCGGAAGUCUCGCUCGCACAGCGCGUGGGGCAAACAGACCAGGGUCGCUUUUGACACUUGGGGGGGCGAAAAAAAGACUUUUAGGUAAACAAAGGAGGGCAGAACAAGCUGCGGAGGACGAACACGGCCCGUGGCGUCGAAGUGUGGCGUUGACUUGAUACCAGCGAUCCCUCGGCGACCAUGAAACCCUUCGCUGGAAGUGCGCGCGGCUCCAAACCGAAGAGCUGACGCCGGAAGUCGAGGCGUGCGAUGAUGCAACAACAUUUGUUCGCCACGCGCCAACCCGCUGCAGCGCAACACUUGACUUCCGCCCGUACUUCCUGUGGCGUCCACACAGAGGGUGACAAAUGGCUCUAUUGGCAGCACGUGGAGACGGCAACGGGGAACCUGGCCAAAUGUGGCUCCUGGUGCAUCUGUUUACAUGCGAGGACAGAGUCACGGUGGCCGUCAGAGAGGCGCGCUCCUCCCGCCGUAGCGUCCGCCUCCCUCCCUGCUAUGUCAAGUGGCGGCUCGAGUUCUUCCUCGCGGAAGGAGUUCGAUGUCAAGCAGAUAUUGAGGAUCCGAUGGCGGUGGUUCGGUCACCCCGCCGCCCCUCCGCCUCACUCCCCGCCGCUAAGAGACUACUUCCCCGGCAGGAGAGCGGUCGGCAACUCCUCGGAGGGACCUUCGUUUAGCGGCGGGGAAAGCUCGGACCCCGCCGGCGUCAACUGUCACAUCAGCGGGUUGGUGACGAGCGGCAGUGCCGGGUUUAACGACAGAAAGUUUGUGGAUAUACCGGAGAGUCGGGGCGGCUCCUGCCCUCGCUCGGCCAGCCAGCCGGAGUGCAGAAGCUCCACGGCGGCGUGGGUGUCUCCACCGCCACGUCGCCACACUCGCCCGGUGUCGAACAUGGAGCCUUCCGACGAGGCCCCCGUCCGCCAAGUGGCACCCGAGCCGUCUGCUCAUGUUGGCGGACCCGCUGAGGCAGUAGCAGCGAGCGCGGAGGGGAACCACAACCACAACCCGGACACUGACUCCAGCUCCUGCAGGACGUCCAACAGCAACGCCACACUGUCCUCGUGCGUGUCUUUGGAGCCGUGUGCCUGUCCCGAGGAGGGCACGUUCGCCACUCUGUCCCACGCCGACCUCACCUUUCGCAAGAUGGAGGGCUACUUGAGAAGCCGGCAGCUCUGUGAUGUCACACUAGUGGCCGGGGACAGACGGAUACCUGCACACAGGCUGGUACUCUCAUCUGUGUCGGACUACUUCGCGGCCAUGUUCACCAGCGAUGUGCGGGAAGCCAAGCAGGACGAGGUGAAGAUAGAGGGCGUCGACCCCGAUGCAUUGUGGGUCCUGGUUCAAUAUGCGUACACAGGUCGUCUGGAGUUGAGGGAGGACACCAUUGAGUAUCUGCUGUCAGCCUCUUGUCUGCUGCAGUUGUCCUCUGUGGUCCAGGCCUGCAGUUCCUUCCUGGUGAAGCAGCUCCAUCCUUCCAACUGCUUGGGCAUCCACUCCUACGCUGACGCUCAGGGCUGCCAUGACCUGCAGAGGGCCGCUCACAACUACACCAUGGAACAUUUUCUGGAGGUGGUUGCAGGACAAGAGUUCUUGCUUCUUCCCUCGGACGAAAUGGAGCAGCUGCUCAAGUCCGAUGACAUCAACGUUCCCGAUGAGGAGACCGUAGUGACCUCUCUGCUAUCCUGGGUGCUUCACGACGCCGACGCUCGCCGGCGCCACCUGCCGCUGCUUCUCGCUCACGUCCGCCUACCACUGCUGCAACCACAGUUCUUGGCGGACUUGGAGACCAGCCCCCUCCUGCGAGACAGCGUGGACUGCCAGCGACUGCUGAUGGAGGGAAUGAAGUACCACCUCUUGCCCCAGCGUCGGCCCCUGCUGCAGGGCCCGCGCACCCGGCCCCGGAAGGCCACCGUCGGGGCCAUGUUUGCCGUCGGCGGAAUGGACGCCACAAAAGGUGCCACCAGUAUCGAGCAGUACUCCCUGCGGCGGGACAAGUGGAAGCAGGUGGCGACCAUGAGCGGUCGGAGGCUUCAGUUUGGCGUCGCCGUCCUGGACGGCCGCAUCUAUGUGGUCGGGGGCCGAGAUGGACUGAAGACCCUCAACACGGUGGAGUGUUACAACCCUCAGAGCAAGACCUGGAGCGUCAUGCCACCCAUGUCCACACACAGACAUGGCCUCGGUGUAGCCGUCCUGGAGGGGCCCAUGUACGCAGUCGGAGGCCACGACGGUUGGAGCUACCUCAGCACAGUGGAAAGGUGGGAUCCUCAAGCUCGCCAGUGGAGCUUUGUUGCCAGCAUGGCCACGCCCAGAAGCACAGUGGGAGUGGCAGUACUCAACGGCAAGUUGUACGCAGUUGGCGGUCGUGAUGGCUCCUCCUGCCUGCGCUCAGUGGAGUGUUUUGACCCUCACACCAACAGGUGGAUCGCUUGUGCACCCAUGGCGAAACGGCGCGGAGGUGUGGGCGUGGCCACCUGGCACGGCUUCCUGUAUGCCAUUGGCGGUCACGAUGCCCCUGCCUCGUCUCUGGCCUCGCGUUUAAGUGACUGCGUGGAGAGGUAUGACCCUCAGACGGAUGUGUGGACAGCAGUGGCCUCCAUGAGUGUCAGCCGAGACGCAGUGGGUGUUUGUCUCCUUGGCGACCGUCUCUACGCUGUGGGCGGUUACGAUGGACUGGUGUAUCUCAGCACAGUGGAGAGCUAUGACCCUCAGACUAAUGAGUGGACACAGGUGGCGCCUCUGUGUCUGGGUCGGGCCGGAGCGUGCGUGGUGGUGGUCACCUGCAACCACAGCACACCUGCAACCACGCCCCCCAACCAAGCCAGCAUUCAGCCGGCAUUGAUUUCGGCAUGACACGCACUUUUGUCCCCUGCAGAGGGGGGAAGUACGCGCAAAUAGCGGUGGUAAGGACUGUGGUUUGUAGCGCUGUCACGCUCAUGUCUUCAUGAUUAUUUCAUGCAGCAACAGCUUACCCACGGACAUGAAAAAGACGCUUGACAUAAUCAGCACGACCCGAAGGAAUCCCUCAGCUCACCUCCGUAUUGUUGCCAAGUAUCGUGACUGAGGUGGUUGCACUUUGCAGGUUCCAGUCUGGUAUUCCUGGGAACACAAACCAGGUGUUGGCCGGUGUGAGACACAGCAAGGCCACCCGUGUUGCCUUCAGGGUGCUCUCCACUCCACACCGACACAGCUGGAGGCAGCAGAGAUGAAAGACCAGGACCAAAACACAAGUCGUGGAGACGUGCCAAGUAUCAAUCAGGUCGUGAAAUGUUUGUUAACCUAAAUCUUUCGGGGUUUUUUUCUGUCACAUAAUCCUAAUUAGGGUCUCCCAUUCAAUCACAAAAUUCAAAUAUGUAUAUUUUUUUGGGGGGGGUUAUCAUGCUGUAGGGAUGAUGUUUGAUAAGAAAUUAUCGAGUUCGAGCCCAUUAUCGAAUCCUCUUAUCGAACCGAUUCCUUAUCAAUUCUCUUAUCGAAUCCAGAUAGGUUGUUGUAUAUGGAAAAAAACACACAAUAUUUGGUUUAACAAAAGCUCACUUUUAUUAUAUAAAAAAAAAUUAAAUUAAAUAGAUAAAUAAAUAUUGACUGUUACCCCCCCCCUAAAAAAAUAAAAAAUAAAAAUAUUGAUUGUUGUUACCCAAAGUAUAUUAAGUGGGAUUUUUCAGAAAAACAAAUAUAUACAGUAACACAAAAACAACCUGUCUCUGUGAUCACUAUAGGUCAGGGGUCGGCAACCCGCGGCUGCGGAGCCGCAUGCGGCUCUUUGAUCACUCUGAUGCGGCUCAGCAGCUUACUUGCUGAACCCACUCAAUUUUCCCGUGAAACUUCCGGAUUUCAGUGCCUCUCGCAGAAAACUCCCGGGAUUAAUAUUCACCGAUUUUCACCCUUACGGCUAUAAUAAGGGCGUAACAUGAUGGUACAACAUUUGGCGCCCCCUACAAUCUGUAUUAACAGCGUGCCAGCCUAUCACUUUAUUACAAUAUACAUCUUCUGCUUGCACACGUACGUGACAGCAAUGCAUACUUGGUCAACAGCCACACAGGUUACACUGACGGUGGUCAUAUAAAUUAACUUUAACACUCUUACUAAUAAUGCACCACACUUUGAACCAAAACCAAACAAGAAUGACAAACACAUUUCGGGAGAACAUCUGCACCUUAACACAACAUAAACACAACAGAACAAACACCCAGAAUCCCAUGCAGCCCUGACCCCCCCCCCCCCCACUUGCUGCUUGUGUGACAUCACAACACUACGUCAUUUCCUGUGAUGUCCCACAGGGCAUUUCUUGUGGGACGGGAUUCGAAUAAAGAACCAACUCUUUUUCUUUACUAUAGUGGCCUCGAUGACGGGAACCGGUUCUCAAAAAGGGAUUCGAGUCCAUGGAAUCGGUUCUUUUCUUAUCGAACGGUUCUUUUCUUAUCGAACAACCGGGAGAACCGGUUUUGAACAUCAUCCCUAUCAUGCUGUGACUUUACUGUGUGAAAUGGUAACUUUUUUUUCUUGCCAAAACAACAGGACAAAAAACAAAGUCGUUUUUUGAACUGGGGAAAUUCCCGGUUUUCCCGAAAUUCCUGGAAUUCCUUAAUGCCAUUUCUCAAUUAAAAAUGUUACUACUUCAACAUUUCUCGACGGAUUUGAAAAAUUCCAAUAACAAACAUUUCCACUCACUCACAACAUUCAAGUCUUCUAAUAUUUUCCAAAAAUUUCCCGAAAUUCCCAAAUUUCCAGGACAUUCUUAAAAGUUCCACAACUCUCACAUUUUUCAUCUGAUUCAAACUGUUCCAACUUCAAAAUAUUCCACUCAUCCUGCACAUUAAAACUAUCAUUUUUGCCAGGUUAAAAAAAAUUCCAGGAAUUCCCAGAAUUCUCUUCUUUUUCAAACCCUUUAGUGACCCUUUUUUCUGACGACUACUCCUUCCACAUUUUUCAACCCACUUCAACCGUUCCACUGUCAAAACAUUCCUCUUAAUCAGGACAAAAGCAAAGUGUUUUUUGAACUGGAAAAAUUCCCGGUUUUCCCGAAAUUCCUGGUAUUCCUUAAUACCAUUUCUCAAUUAAAAAUGUUACUACUUCAACCUUUCUCGACGGAUUUGAAAAAUUCCAAAAACAAACAUUUCAACUCAUUCACAACAUUCGAGUCUUCUAAUAUUUUCCAAAAAUGUCCCGAAAUUUCCAGGAAAUUCCCAUUGAAAUGAAUGGGACAUUCUUCAAAGUUCCACAACUCCCACAUUUUUCAUCUGAUUCAAACUGUUCCAACUUCAAAAUAUUCCACUCAUCCUGCAAAUUCAAAUGAUCAUUUUUGCCAGGUUAAAAAAAAUUCCAGGAAUUCCCAGAAUUCUCUUUUUUUUCAAACCCUUUAGUGACCCUUUUUUCUGAUGACUACUCCUUCCACAUUUUUCAACCCACUUCAACCGUUCCACCGUCAAAACAUUCCUCUUAAUCAGGACAAAAAACUAAGUUGUUUUUUGAACUGGGAAAAUUCCCGGUUUUCCCCAAAUUUAUGGAAUUCCUUAAUGCCAUUUGUCAAUUAAAAAUGUUACUACUUCAACAUUUCUCGACCGAUUUGAAAAAAAUCCAAAAACAAACAUUUCAACUCAUUCACAAAAUUCAAGUAUUUGAAGAUUUUCCAAAAAAUUCCCGCUUUUCCCGAAAUUCCCAAAUUUCCAGGAAAUUCCCAUUGAAAUGAAUGGGACAUUUUUCAAAGUUCUACAAUUCCCACAUUUUUCAUCCGAUUCAAACCAUUCCACCUUCAACAUAUUCCACUCAUCCUGCAAAUUCAAACUAUCAUUUUUGCCAAGUUGAAAAAAACUCCAGGAAUUCCCUUUUUUUCCAAACCCUUUUGUGACCCAUUUUUCUGGUGACUACUCCUUCCACAUUUUUCAACCAUUCCACCGUCAAAACAUUCCUCUUAACAUUUAAACUAUCAUUUUUCCAAGUUCAAAAAAAUUCCAGGAAUUCCCAGAAUUCCCUUUUUUUCAAACCCUUUUGUGACCCAUUUUUCUGGUGAUUACUCCUUCCACAUUUUUCAACCAUUCCACCGUCAAACAUGCUUCUUAACAUUCAAACUAUAAUUUUUCCAAGUUCAAAAAAAUUCCAGGAAUUCCCAGAAUCCCUUUUUUUUCAAACCAUUUAGUGACCCUUUUUUCUGGCGACUACUAGUUCCACAUUUUUCAACCCACUUCAACCGUUCCACCGUCAAAACAUUCCUCUUAAUCAGGACAAAAACAAAGUGUUUUUUUGAACUGGAAAAAUUCCCGGUUUUCCCGAUAUUUCUGGAAUUCCUUAAUUCCAUUUCUCAAAUAAAUUGUUACUACUUCAACAUUUCUCGACCGAUUUGAACAAUUCCUAAAACAAACAUUUCAACUCAUUCACAGCAUUCAAGUCUUUUAAGAUUUUCCCAAAAAAUCCCACUUUUCCCUAAAUUCCGAAAUUUCCAGGAAAUUCCCAUUGAAAUGAAUGGGACAUUUUUCAAAGUUCCACAAUUUACACAUUUUUUAUCCGAUUCAAACCGUUCCAAAUCCAACAUUUUCAGCCUGUUCAAAAUUAUGUGCUCCUCAUCAACAAUUAAAAAAAUAUUCCCGGAUUUCCAAGAAUUCACACUUUUCAGGGACAUUUUCCCCAUUCUAAAUGUCCAUUUUUUAAACUUCCACAAUUCCCAAAUGUUUCAACCAAUUCAAACCAUUUCAACAUCAACACAUUCCACUCAUCCAACUAACAUUUUCCCAAGUUCCAAACCAAAUUCCGUUUUUCCUGGAAAUUUCAACUCUUCAACAUUCCAACUAUUCUUACAUUCACACUACAUUCUGUCAGCAUUGGAGCAUUCACACACAAUUCCUUCAACAACUACGACUUUAUUCAAAUAAAAUAGCAGCUUUUUUAAUCAUAAUACAACUACUUUUUUUUCUUCAUUAAAUGAAAAUAUAUAUAUAUUAUGAUUUAAUCAAUUUAAUUUAAAUAUCUCAUUAAAUUGCGAUUUUAUUCCCAUGAAAUAAGAUAUUUCUGUGAUAUUAUGACCUUAUUCUAAUUAAGUUAUAGCUUUUUAAAAAACAUAUUAUCAUAAAACUAUUUUAUUAUUACAACUUCAUUUAAGUCAUACCACCAUUCUGAAUUCAUUCUUAAAAAAUAAAAAAAUUUCCACUAAUACUUCAGUUUCGUAAUCAAAUUACACGUUUUCUCCUCAUAAAGACUACUUUAUUUUUGGUAUUAGUUUUUCUCGUAGUAUAGCUAGUAUUUGCAUUUUGCAUAAUGUAAUGUGCAAUAUUAAUAUUACUAUCUCACAAUAUGAAACAUUUUGUCUAAUUGUUACCUUUUUUUUUUUUUUUGCUCUAUAGGCUUUUACUCUAAUGAAAUGUGUUCACAUAAUAUGAUUUCAUUUUAAUAUUUUCCCUUUUUUUUUCAUGACACUACAUUUUUCAGUCGCAACUUUUUUCUUUCAACAAGAUUUAACUUAAGAUUUUCAAAUUCUUCAACUUUUCUCAUGACAGCUUAUUUUUUUCUCUAAUUUCGCAGCCAUACACCUUACAGUCAUUCAACUUGGUAUUUGAAACAUGCUAAUAACUAUGCACGUUUACGUUAGCAUUUUAGCAUGCUAACAUUAAAGUGCUAUUUUUCUUUAGCUAAUUUUGCAACGUUUACCAUAGUCACAUAACUUGGCAUGUGACACCUGUUAACUGCUAGCAUGCUAAUGUUAGCAUGCUAACAUUAAAGUGCUAACUUUCUUAGCUAAUUAUUCUCUUUCUUUUCGUUAAUUCCCCAGCCAUACACCUUAGAGUCAUAUAACUUGGUAUGUGCCACAAGCUAACUCUUAGCAUGCUUGCUAAUAUGCUAACAUUAGCAUGCUACCUUUUUGAGCUAGUUUUGCAACCUUUAACACCAGAGCCAUAUAACUUGGUACGUGACAUUUGUUAACUGUUAGCAUGCAGACGAUAGCAUGCUGGCAAGCUAACUUAAGCAUGCUAAGUUUUUCAUCUAUUUUUACACUUUUUUUCUCUAUUUUCGCAGCCACACAUCUUUGAGUGAUUUAACUUGGUAUGUGAAACAUGCUGACUGUUAUCAUGCUAACGUUUGCACACAUGCUAAGUGUUAGCUUUUUCAUGUGCGCAUGCUAACAUUUUAGGCUAGCUCUGUAGCUCAUUGAGCAUGGCGGCUUUCAAUUUACUACUUUAAAAAAAUGAGUUGUUAUAAACUUACGUUUUUGUACUAAUACUAUUUUUCACAAAUUAUUGAUACUUAUAAUACAACUAUAAUAUAAUAAUAUUACAACUACCAUUAAGUUAUUUCUUGUACACUAUAAUUUUAUCUGAAAGAAAUGACUAAAAACAUAGUUUUUUUUGUAAUAUUUUUUAUUUUACUCAAAACUUUUUCUCCCAAUAUAACAGCUUUUUUUUUUUUAAAUAAAAUGAAACGAUUGUAAAUGCAUCAGGGUAGCGAUACAUGUUCUACUUGUUUAAAUGGGUCUAUUUGAUUGCUCAGUAGCGCCCCCUCAUAAACAUGCCAGGCGUGUUUGUGUUACUACAGCGGAGGUGAGUUGUGGAGUUUAAUGCACUUUUCUGUUUAGCUAAUUAGCCACAAUGCUAAUGUGACUCGCUGUCGUUUACAGUGUGUCGAUAUGAGCUAAAGUGUGCUGACCGGUACAUAUCCUGUACAUAUUCAGGUAAAUGCUCAUUAUCUUGACUAUAUUUGUAUAUCGGGUGUUGUUGAUAUGACCGGUUUAUGGUGUGUGGAUCGGAGCCAAACUGUUGUGACCAGUUCAUAGUCUGUCCCUAUUCAUGAUUAUACGGUGUCCGGUCCACCCCACAAACCAUUAAAUUCUCUUUCAACGGAGUCCAGGACAUUUUGCUUUAAUCAAACGUGUUUUGUUUGUGCUCAUUGCAGGUUUGUGUAGUGUUUUUCAUUGUGGCCAUAAUACUCCGGUAAGAGGUAGCGUGACAAAAAAAUAGUAAUAUUGACAAACCAAACGCGUUUUCUUUUCUGUGUCUGUGUAUAUGUAUUCUUAUACAAACAUAUAAAUGUUACACCCUUGAGUAUGUCAUUGUACUAUUGCUUUUGUACCGUCAAAUAAACAA